AUGAUUUCAGAUCCCGACUCCUUAACGCGUCUUAUCAUGUCCACUGCCAUUCCAGAGCACAAGCUCCUCGAAUCUCCAAAUUCUAGGUCAAUCGCUGUCUAUGACUGGCUUAUUACUGCUUCUACAAACCCAAUAUCCAACGCGCCAGAGUGCGAUGCUUUGCAGGCAUCCCUCGGGAUCCCCAUCCCUGAAAUGACUUUUGGCAACAACUAUCUGACUCUUGAACACAAGCCAUCUGGCUUCAUUUACUCUUUUACCACCCCAAAAGCACUAGAAGCCGUCAAGAAGGGCCAGUUAGGAGAAGGAGAUGGUGGUGUCAAAGUCGGCUACGCCGAUAAGUGGAUGCAGAGCAGGCACGGAUUCUUUCACCACGAAAUGGGAUCGACGUGA